AUGUCUGCCUUUGACACCGCCGUCGCCGACUCCAAGAAGUUGACCAGCAAGCCUGGCAACGAGGACCUCCUCAAGCUCUACGGCAAGUCUUUGCAUGACCAGCCCCUUUACACAGGGGCGCGAUGCGGACGGCAGACAGUCACUAACAUGACUAUUGCAGCUCUCUUCAAGGUCGCCAACGGCGAGGACAUCUCCAAGGCGCCCGCUCCCGGCAUGUUCGAUCUCAAGGGCAAGGCCAAGAAGAACGCGUGGCAGCAGGUCGUUGACGAGGGCACCACCCCCGACCAGGCCAAGGAGCAGUACAUCCAGCUCGUCGAGAGCCUCAAGGAGUCGUGCGGCUACGAUGCGAACAAGGAGCCCGAGGCGGUUGGCGCAUAG